AUACCUACUUGUUUUUGUGUUCAAGAAUCUACGAUGUGUUGCGACGUUUGAUAGAUCAAUAAAAAGAAAAUCAUGGCUGAACCAGUGGAUAUGCGAACUGCGUUGCUGGCUAUGAAGUGCAGCUUGUGUGGGAAUGUUUUAUCGGUACCACCAAUAAUAUCACUUUCGGAAGAUGGAACACAGUUGAAAUGUGGAAGUUGUAAAGAUAUCGUUAAGCCAUCAGCUGUGAGAAAUUUAGCACUGGAAAAUAUGGCGAAGUUCUUCUCAUUUCCCUGUAUCUACAAGGAUUGCAAUAAAUUGAUUCCGUGGAAAAAAGUGGAAAUCCAUGAAGACAGUUGCGACAAGAAGACUAUGAAAUGUCCAAUGCAUUAUCACAAAUGUGACGAAAUUGUCAUGGUGCAGAACUUGAAGGAACACAUGGAAAAUAAUCAUAGAGAUAAUAUCUUUUAUGAAUCAUUAACAACAGUAAUGAGAUCAGAUUCGUGUCAAAUUAUGGUUGUUAUAUCUAGCACUUAUCAGAAUAAGUUUCUUAUAAUGAUUAGAACGAUAUCCCCAUGUGUGAUAUACGUGACUUCGUUAAACAAUACAGAUGAAUGUUUCGAAUACGAUUUGAAAUUGUCUAGCAUUCAUAAAGACCAGUAUUAUGUCUUGAUUGAAAAUCAGACAAUCAUCAGAUAUAUUGAAAGGGACCAUUGUUUCGCUUGUAUAAGAAAUACUUGUGAUCUGGCUCAUCAUCCUCAUUCGAGAGUAAACGGAAAUGUUCCUGUCGAUAUGAAUUAUCAGACGAUCAAUCUUCUCAGUAUGGAACGCCUAUUGGUGGAUAUUUCUGAGAUCAAAUUCACCAUGACAUUUCAUCCAAAGGGGGUCUAUGGAGAAACCGACGAAAAACUGUAUGAUGAUAAAUCGGCAACAAACAAUCAAACGGAUGGAACGUAUCCUACGGAAAAUUGUGGCGAACUUCUGAGAAGACAAUUAGAGUGUCCUAUUUGCAUGAAAUAUAUGAUCGGCAAAAUCUACAAUUGCAGAAAAGGGCAUGUGAUGUGCAAAGCAUGUAGAGUCCAAAUGAUUUAUUGCCCAUCAUGUAGAAUAAAACUUGAUGAUUUGAGAAAUCAUCCUUUGGAAAAUUUGGCCGAUGCAGUUGUGCUGGCCUGUACAUUUUCGAAAAAUGGUUGUCAUUUCGUUGGGAAAUGGGAAUUCCUUCUGAUGCACGAACUUGAAUGUGGACACAGAUAGGAAUGUUUUCUUCAAAUAACUCAUACUCAUUUCACUCAUGUUUCGCUACCUUCCUAAUGUAUUAUGCUUCAAGUACGCUUAUAAAUGAUCGUUUAA